GAGGAAUGGAGGAGGUAUCUGGCGCCGGAGAGGUUCGAGGUGCUGGCGCAUAUGGAGCCGUGGGCCGAGGCGCACAUGCUGCCGCUGCUGAAGCCGGCGGACGAGGCGUGGCAGCCGUCGGACCUGCUCCCGGACGCGGCGGCGCUGGGCGCUGACGGCUUCCACCAGGCGUGCCUCGAUCUCCGCGCGAGAGCGGAGGGCGUGCCUGACGCCCAGCUGGUGUGCCUGGUGGGCAACAUGGUCACCGAGGAGGCGCUCCCCACGUACCAGAGCAUGUCGAACCGCUUCGAGGCCACCCGCGACGCCACGGGCGCCGACGGCACCGCCUGGGCGCGGUGGAUCCGCGGCUGGUCUGCUGAGGAGAACCGCCACGGCGACGUGCUCAGCCGGUACAUGUCCCUCUCCGGCCGCCUCGACAUGAGGCAGGUGGAGCGCACCGUGCACCGCCUCAUCGCCUCCGGCAUGGCCAUGCACGCUCCGGCGUCCUCGUACCACGGAUUCGUCUACGUCGCCUUCCAGGAGCGCGCCACCUCCAUCUCCCACGGCAACAUGGCACGCCAGGUGGGUGCGCACGGCGACGCGUCGCUGGCCCGCAUCUGCGGCGCCAUCGCCGCGGACGAGAAGCGGCACGAGGCCGCAUACACUCGCGUCGUGAACAAGCUCUUCGAGCUCGACCCGGACGCCACCGUGCGCGCCAUGGCGUACAUGAUGCGGCGCCGGAUCACCAUGCCGGCCGCGCUCAUGGAAGACGGCCGCGACGCCGACCUCUUCGCGCACUACGCCGCCGCCGCGCAGCAGGCCGGGGUGUACACUGCGUCCGACUACCGCGGCAUUCUUGAGCACCUGAUCCGGCAGUGGCGGGUGGAGGAGCUCGCGGCUGGGCUGUCCAGCGAGGGGAGGCGCGCGCGGGACUAUGUCUGCGCUCUGCCGGACAAGAUCCGGAGGAUGGAGGAAAAGGCCCACGACAGGGUGCGGAAGGAACCCACCCCGGUCAUGUUUAGCUGGAUCUUUGACAGGCCUGUCAGUGUCAUUCUGCCUUGA